AUGUCUACCAAAAAUCCCAAAACCAAUCGAUACGAGUUUUUCGGUCCUCCUGGGGCUGCAGCUGUAGCAACCUGCACACCCAUCAUCGUCUAUGGUCUUUAUUACAACUGCUCUGAAGCCUCGGGUCUCUGUCAACUACCUACCUGGUCGUUUCCUCUGCAGGUCGUAAGAGCCAUAAGCGACGGCAACUGGUGGAAGAGUGCGUUUGACAUUCAGGUCACGGUAGCAUACUUUGCAUGGUAUGCAUCUCUCGUAGCUGCCUGGUACUGGUUGCCUGGCGAAUGGCUCGAAGGGACGGAGCUGCGCACAGGUGGUCAUAAAGUAUAUAAGCUCAAUGCAUUCAAUACGCUCCUACUCAACGUAGGAUUGGCGACGGGUUGGAUUUUGGUAUAUGGCCCUCAAUCCUUUACUUUCAUUUAUGACCAUUGGGUUGGGCUUUGCAGUGCGGCUAUACUCAACUCGCUCGUUCAUGCGACCUACUGCUACAUCAUGUCCACUAUCGACGAAGACCAACGGCUCCUAUCCCUCAGUGGUAACAGUGGAAACGUCUUCUACGACUGGUUUAUUGGGCGCGAACUGAACCCCUCAAUCGGACUUUUCGAUAUCAAAUCGUUUGCGGAGCUCCGCCCGGGCAUGAUCCUUUGGUUCAUAAUCAACCUCAGCUCGUAUUGCAAACAAGUCGUUCAUCGUGGAACGUGGUAUCCUACCGAUUCCAUGUUCUUGGUGUUAUUAUUCCAGUGGGGUUAUGUCGUAGAUGCACUUUACAACGAGCACGCAGUUUUCACUACUAGAGAUAUUACGAUGGACGGUUUCGGAUUUAUGCUUUCUUUUGGUAGCAUCGCAUGGGUUCCACUUACGUACUCUGUCCAAGCACGAUAUCUUGCGUUCAAGCAUGUCGAACUAGGUCUAUUCUGGACUGUUGUGAUUUUUGCCAUUCAUGCCGUCGGGUACUGGAUCUUCAGGGAAAGCAACAACGAAAAGAACGAGUUCAGAAGCGGAAAGAAUCCCAAGAACCUUCAAUCGUUCAAAACAGAACGCGGAACGAGACUUUUGACCAGCGGAUGGUGGGGGAUAUGCCAACACCCCAACUACCUAGGAGACUGGAUCAUGGCUCUAUCGUACUCGCUCCCAACCGGCUUCGACACCCCAAUCACGUACUUUUACUGCAUCUACUUUUUCGUUCUCUUGGUCCACAGGCAAAUGCGGGACGAAGAAGCGUGUCGCGAAAAGUAA